GUCCUCCAACACAUGGCCGACUCCGAGGACCCACUUUAACGCACACAUACACACAGUGGAAGGAUCCGGGGAAGCAAGUUCAGGUUCAAACUUCAUGAAUUCAUCACACACCUCAAAGUGCUGCCUCUUGUCUUGGCAUGCUGUUGCAUCCCACGGUGUCAGGAUUGUGCGCCAUGUUGCAGACCAUCUAUGAGACUGAGUCCUGUUUUUCCUCUGCCAGCACAGACAGCCACCACCAGCCUCUGGAGCUCCUGAGUGACAACAGGGGCUCCAGUGCUGCCAUGCCCACCGCCGUAGUGGAGGUGAAGAGCAGCCUCCCAUCGGGCAUGCAGAGCCCAGGAGGAACAGCAAGCGAGCAGAGAGGAGGAGGUGGAGAGGGUGGUGGGGGUCCAGGAGAAGGCCCAGGAGGAGGAGGCCCAGUGGACCUGCGCACAGAGCCCAGGGUGGGGUCUCUGUCUGGGGGUGCGACGGCGGUGGACACAACCCUGAGGGAGCAGCAGCUCCAGCAGGAACUUGUCCUACUCAAACAGCAGCAGGAACUCCAGAAACAGCUGCUGUUUGCAGAGUUCCAGAAAAAACACGAAGUGCUCACGAGACAACACGAGGUCCAGCUUCAGGAGCACCUGAAGGUAGCUAGUCAGCAACAACAGGAGCUGUUGGCAGCGAAGCGGCAGCAGGAGCUGGAGCAGAAGAGGAAACUAGAGCAACAAAGACACGAAGAGCAGGAGAAACAUCGGCUGGAGCAACAACUGCUGCUGCUGAGGAACAAGGAGAAAGGCAAAGAGAGUGCCAUUGCCAGUACGGAGGUGAAGCUGAAGCUCCAGGAGUUCCUUCUCAGUAAGAAAGAGCCUGGCAUUGGCGGACUGAACCAUUCCUUCUCCCCAAAGUGCUGGGGAGCCCAGCACACCUCCCUGGAGCAAGGCUCUCCCCCGCAGAGUAACACCCCGGGAACUCCUCCCUCCUACAAACUGCCCCCACUGCUGGGGAACUACGAGGGCAAAGACGACUUCCCACUCCGCAAGACAGUCUCAGAGCCGAACCUGAAGGUGCGUUCACGGUUGAAGCAGAAGGUGGCAGAGAGGCGGAGCUCUCCACUCCUUCGCAGAAAGGAUGGAACUGUUAUCAGCACCUUUAAGAAGAGAGCUAUUGAGAUAUCAGUUUCCUCUCUCUGCAACAGCGCCCCAGGUUCAGGUCCCAGCAGUCCCAACAGUUCCAAUUCGGCCAUCGCCAAUGGCAACACGGGAUCAGUCCCCAACAUACAGACUGAGCUGAGAUCUCUCCAUCAGACAUUAGGGGCUGAUGGGACAUUGAGUCCUCUGAAUCUCUACACCUCGCCCUCCUUGCCGAAUAUCUCCUUGGGCCUACCUGCCAACACACACAUCACGAGGAUUCGUGGGCGUAAAGCGUCUCUGGAUGAGAUCCAGUCCGUCCAUUCAGAGUUCCACACUCUGCUGUAUGGAACCAGUCCGCUGAAUCGACACAAGCUGGACCACAAGAAGCUGCUGGGUCCAAUUAGCCAGAAGAUGUAUGCCGUUCUUCCUUGUGGAGGAAUCGGGGUGGACAGCGACACCGUGUGGAAUGAGAUGCACUCGUCGGCUGCAGUCCGCAUGGCAGUCGGCUCCGUCAUCGAGCUGGCCUUCAGAGUGGCGGCAGGGGAGCUGAAGAACGGCUUCGCAGUGGUGCGUCCACCGGGUCACCACGCUGAGGAAUCCACUGCCAUGGGGUUUUGUUUCUUUAAUUCAGUAGCCAUCACAGCCAAGCUGCUGCAACAGAAACUGGGAGUGGGCAAGAUCCUCAUUGUGGACUGGGACAUUCACCAUGGCAACGGCACCCAGCAGGCCUUCUACAGCGACCCCAACGUCCUCUACAUCUCCCUCCACCGCUACGAUGAUGGAAACUUCUUUCCUGGCAGUGGAGCUCCUGAGGAGGUGGGAUCAGGUGCAGGU